CUUCUUCUAAUAUUAAUUGAAACGAUGGCUUCCUCUUCAACUCCCAUCAAAUCGAUCAUCGCACUUGUUAUACUUAACUUUCUGUUCCUUUCUCACGCUUCAUACGCUCCGCCACCAUCCUACGCUCAGCCGCCGUCUUACGCCGCCGCCGCUGAGCUCCCCAAGCUCUGCAAUUUUGAUGAUUUAUAUAAACCCGGUGGAGAGCACAUUUUUGACGAUAUUGAAAAUUGCAACGUCGGCCUCUUUAAAAUGUGCAAAAUUAACGAAAUUUAUCAGUUUGGAGAUUCAAUUUCCGAUGUGGGCAAUUUAAUCCGUGAGAUGCCGGCGGUGGGAGCGGCCACCCCUCUCGCCCGCCUGCCUUACGGUGGUGAUUUCCCGAUGGGUCCUACCGGCCGCGCCUCCAACGGAAACCUUAUGAUCGACUAUUUUGCAAUGGAUGCUGGUCUUCCUUUACUCCCACCCUUCAAAAAGUAUGACGCUGAUUUCAGUCACGGCGUCAACUUCGCCGUGGUGGGCUCAACGGCGUUGCCGUGGGAUGCAUUGGCUGCUCUCAACAUCUCCUCUCCGGUGACCAACACUUCUCAGUCGGUGCAGUUGGAUUCGUUGUCUGCUUAUUUCUAUUCCAUCCACAAAGAUUCUAGCGGGAAACUCGAAAACUCACUUUUUAUGUUGGGAUCUUUUGGUGGAAGCGAUUAUCACUACGCUUUAUUCCAAGAAAAGACCAUUCACGAAAUAGAAACCACAUUGGUACCAAAAGUUGUGGAUGCGAUCAUGGCUGCUGUUGGUAGGUUGAUUAGUUUAGGGGCAAGAAAGGUGGUGGUGCCCGGGCUGUACACUAUCUUCCGACUUCCCAUUUAUCGCACGGCUUUCCCAGGCAACAACGACAUGUUUGAAGUGAGCGAUGACCUUGCAAUCUACCAUAAUGCUCUACUGCAACGAGCCAUCGACAAAUUCAACCAAGAAGAAAGCCCUGAUGCCAUGGUCAUCUAUGGGGAUUGUUUCACAGCUUAUGAAAGAUUAGAGACCUACGCUGUUGGUCGAAUGAACCUCAUGGUUUGCUGUGGGAGCGGAGGCGGCAGCUACAACCUCGACUUGACAAGAAUGUGUGGAGCAGACGGCGUUUCUGCUUGUGCAGAGCCCAACAAACACAUUAGUUGGGACGGGGAGAAUUUAACACAAGAAGCCUAUAGAAUAAUGACAAAGUAUUUGCUGCAUCAUAUCUUCGUCGGCUUUCAAUGCCCUUAUCCUUAUUGAACUAUAUAUAUGCAGCUGCUCUUAGUUUGCACGUAUUAGGGUCAGCUCAUGCUUCUUCUUAAUUUCA